AUGUGGGCCUGGUGGAUGAAUCGAAACAAAGCUAAUGCAGGGGAGACAAUAUCAACUGUGGAGGAAGUCACCCGGAGAGCUAUUAUCUUUGCAGAUAACACUUACCUCUCGGAGGAUAAACCAAUGCAGAUAGCUGGUCAGGGAAGAAAAGCAAAGGAGAGAUGGGUACCACCUCCACCAGAUGUUCUGAAGAUUAACACUGAUGGGGCUUUCCGGAAUGCAGAAAAAGAUGGAGCUUGGGGCUUCGUGAUCAGAGAUUGUCAGGGCCAUGGAAUCUUGGCGGGAGCUGGCCAUUUAAAUGUUGUGCAUGAUGCACUUGCAGCUGAAGGAGAGGCUGUUUUAGCUGCGCUGAAGGCAGCAAUGGACUUUGGAAUUUCUCGUGUUGCAGUUGAGACUGAUUCAUCAAACCUUGUGAUUGCCCUCACUUCAGACAAAUUUGAUCAGGCGCCAGGAGGAGUCAUCUACAAGGAUCUGCGCAUGCUGUUGGCUAUGUAUUUUAUACCUUUAAGCAUUUCAUAUGUGUCUCGCUUUAGUAAUCAGUGUGCUCAUGAACUAGCUCGUUAUGGUCUACAAAGGGACCCGGAUCAACCUGUAAUAUGGUCUGAUCCCCUCCCGAACUUUGUACAGACUGUGUUGGAUCGCGACCUUGCUGAUCCGGUUAUGGGUGAAUAA